AAUUAACAUUGUAGUAUCGCACUGCGAGCAGCUACCCAGAACAAAACGUAAAACAAUCUCAAGAGGGAAAUAGGUACGAAGCGAAUACAGCAAGCAGCAAACGGCACAUCUACCCAUUCUGAUUCACUAGUAGCGCACGCUCACUGUAGUUUGUGUUACUCUGCUGUCGCGCGUUAAAAUACGAUGAAUCGAACUAUUUCACAUGUUCUGUGCUGUUAGUGCGGAUCUGGUAUUACUCGACCCCCCGAUUAGUGUCCUGUUUUGAAAACAGUUUAAAGUGUUUUGAUAUAAACCGGUCCGGGGUUACAAAUGUAUAUGUCAUAUUAUGAUUUCGCAGUUGACAAACGACGGCUCAUCAUUCAUAUAGUGCCCCAGCAUGGCUGAUAUCACUUUGAAAACACAAAUCGAUUAUAAUUUCGACGUAGUGCAUGGAAAAUAUGGAUGAAAGGACCAGUAUUGAAAGGUCCAGAAGCUCUUAUUUAGAUGCGGAAUCACUCGGAAACUCUACAAAUGAUUACGAAGAAUUCGAAAUGCAAAAUUCUGUCAAUUCUGAAAACCUGAAUGUUAAUGAUGUGUUAGAAUUGUUACAACAACAAUAUGCCAUUAUUUCUGGUGGAAAAUCAAAAGAAGGUUGUCCCAUCAUUACAUUUCCAGAUAACAAUAAUUUUGAAACUUUGUCUGAUAUAGAAUACCAGCGUUUGAUGAUGUAUUUAACAUCAGUGCCUUCCCUCCACGAUGCCGAUCUGGGCUUCCAUUUAAUUAUAGAUAGAAGGAAUGAUAAAUGGAAUUCUGUUAAAACCGUUCUUUUAAAAAUAUCUGUGUAUUUUCCAGGCCUCAUACAUGUUGUUUACGUUUUGAGACCAGCUAGUUUUUUACAAAAAGCCUUAUCAGAAGUAAGCAAUAAGUUAUUUAAAGACGAAUUCAAAUUCCGUAUGAUUGUUUUAAGUACUACUGAAGAAUUACACAAAUAUAUAAAUAGCAGGCAAUUGACUCCGGAUUUGGGCGGUACUCUUAAUUAUAACAAUGAGGAUUGGAUCCAUCAAAGAAUGGAGCUCGAAACUUUCUCCGCGGUGACACAACAAGUUUCAAAUUCUUUAGACAAUUUUACCAAAACAAUAGAAGAGACUGAACUGCCAAAUGACGUAGAAGCCACUCAAAAAUUAUUAGAUAAUCAUAGUUUGAUAUAUUCUGAUUUAAAGAAAGAUAUUUUAUCAGCAGCCAAGCAUGGAGAAGAUUUGUUGACUUCCAUUAAAGAAAAAAAUAUUUAUACCUCAUGCGAAGAUGACUAUUUUCCUUUAUCUGAUACUUGUAGCAAUGUGUUUGCUAUAGAACGCCUUUUAGUUCAAUUAGAAGAAACAGAAAGAACGUUUGACGAAUUUUGGCAAGGUCAUUUUGUAAGGCUGAGAAAUUGUUUGGAAUUAAGGAGAUUUGAACAAGAUUUUAGGGAGUUACAGAUAAAUUUCGAAACUAAUUUAAAAAUAGUUGGAGACAUGGUUGAAAAUGGAGAUAGUACUGAAAAAGUUGAUAAGUUGCUAAAACAAGCCAAAUCAUUUAAUAAAUUGUGUAGUGAUGACAUCGAUAGAGCCGAAGAAGUUAUUCAGUCUGGGUAUCAUUUAAUUGCUAUCAAUUCGUGUCCUAUAGAAUGUGUCAAACCCAAAUGUACUGAAUUAAGCAGGGUUAGAAAUUUGUUAAUUGAAAAGCUGUCGAAAAGAAUUGAUAAUUUAGUUUUAACAAAACUUUUCAUUGAGAGAGUUGAGAACGCAAAUAAGUGGUGUGCGAAUGGUGUAGAACUUUUAGCGACUCAAAAAAUCGAACAAUGUGCAAGCUCAGUCGAAUUAGCAGAAAAAUAUUUGAAAGAAAUAAAAGAUUUUUUGGCCUCAUCUAAGGAAUUCACGUCAAACUCACCUAAGGAUUUUAAAGAUAUAUUUCAAGAAUCCACAACGUCUGAAACAAGAGCGUUAAUAUCACAGAUUGUACAAAGGAUAGAAGAUGUUACUAUGAUGUGCAAUAAAAGAGUUGUUACUUUGAAUAAGUUAGCUGUAAGACCUCAAAGGCCUGUGCAAACUGUGAAUCCAGAGCCAAUGGUUCCCCGUCAACCAGGAGCACCCGCUCCACAUCAUUACAGAGCCGUUUUGAAAAAAGCUUUCACUAUGCCAAAAAUGAGCAGUCCUGAAAGUGUAGUCGAGACCAGUACAUUUACAGACAAUUCACCAACAAAUUCCGACGAGAUUAAUAAAUUCAAAACCAAACAUGUUUUAAAUGAACUGUUUGAAACGGAAAAAAUGUAUGUUCAUGAACUUAGCACGAUAAUUAAGGGUUAUAAAGAUACUGCUCAAUUCGCGGAUAUGCAACCACUAUUGCCUCCCGAUGCUCAAGAUAAGCUUAAAAUUAUUUUUGGAAAUCUAGACGAAAUUCUCAAAUUUCAUUCAGAACAGUUUCUAAAAGACUUGGAAAAUUGCAUCACCUCAAGAGAACUUGUAGCAUUGUGCUUUUUACAAAGGAGAGAAAUGUUUUCUCAGCUAUACAGUUUUUACUGCUUGAAUAUUUCGAAGUCUGAACAAGUAAGAGAAAGUUCUCCUGAUCUACUUCCAUUUUUUCAAGCUUGCCAAGAACAAUUAGGCCAUAAAUUGCCUCUAGCAGCAUAUUUAUUGAAACCUGUGCAACGUAUAACUAAAUACCAAUUACUUUUAAAAGACCUUCUAAAAUAUUCCAACGAAGAUAAUAACUGUAUUGAGCUUCAACAAGCUCUAGAUUGUAUGCUCUGUGUACUGAAAGGAGUAAAUGACAGUAUGCAUCAAAUAUCUAUAACAGGUUUUUCUUUAGAUCUAUCACAGCAAGGUGAAUUGUUACUGCAAGGUUCGUUUUCAGUAUGGAUUGAAAAUAAGAGACUUAGACUUAAACCGAUGCAAAGACACUUAUUUCUUUAUCAAAAAGCUUUACUGUUUUGUAAACCAAUUUCGAAAGCUGUGCAUAAUAAUGCUACUUACCAAUUUAAACAUUAUUUACAAAUGUCUAAAAUUGGAUUGACUGAGUCUGUUAAAGGUGAUACUAAGAAAUUUGAGGUAUGGUUACAAGGAAGACAAGAAGUAUAUACCAUUCAAGCUCCAAAUUUAGAAGUAAAACAAUCUUGGGUUAAUGAGAUUAAAAAGGUGUUAUUCAAUCAAUUAGAAGAGAUUAAAGGAGAAAAGAUAAGACAAUAUGCAGCUCUUGUCCAUAAGCCCCUUACGCAAACGACUUCGUGGGAAAAGCAGAAGAAUACUGCUUCUGUUGCACCUAUGUUAAAUCAUCAAAGAGCAAUGAGCUGUGAUUCUGAUCAUCCAACACAUAUGGAAGAAAUGACAAAUGAAAUUGAUAGUAACUGGUCAUCGGAUUACAGUAAUAGUGAUGAUGAAGAUAACAAUUCCACAAAUGCACGUUACGUUGCCCUUGCUGACUAUUGUGCGGUUGGAAACAGCGAAGUUAAUAUAAAAGAAGGGGAUAUUGUUGAGCUACUAAAAGUAGGUUGUGCAGGAUGGUGGUUUGUAAGAAUGAUUGGAACUAACAAUGAAGGAUGGGCUCCAGCUGCUUAUUUAGAGAAUUCCCAUUUUAAAAAUAACCGUAGUAGUAGCAGUAGGAGUCAGGAUAAGUUAAACUUUUAGUGUUCAGUGCUGUGCUUGGUUAAAUGGUGCACUGUUUAAAAAACUUGAAUUGUCCCCAUGGAUAGUUAUACAACCUUUAAUAGAUUUAUUUGUGAUAAAACCCAUAAUAAUUUGUGAAAUAAGUGUUUCAUUCCUUCGUUGUUCAAUAAUAUGACAUGUUUUCUAUCAUCUCUUAAUCGCUUGUUUGGAAGUCAAGUUUUACACCAGUUAGCUCCAAACUGACUUAUUUCCAACAUAUGUCUUCGAAGUAUAGGGUCAACUUAUGUACACUAAUGCUUUUUAUGAUUCCAGACAAAAUUCAUCCAUGUUCUCUCUUUAUCUUUCCUAUUGUUAUACAAGCGCAUACAUGACAAUAAAUAUAUUGUAAGUUUUUCCUCCUUUCCUUUAUGAAUGAAACACUUGUUUUGAAAAGAAUCGUCGAUCUUUAAAAUAUCUUUCAAUUGCUCUAAAAGCUAUGGCAUAUGAAAACUAAAAUACAAUGUAGUGCUGAAUAUAUAAAAUCUAAACUAUAGCAACAAGUGGCGGACGUUUUAUGGAUUUUUAGCAGUCAAGUAUUAAUAGUUGUAAUGUUUUUUUAUAUCAUGGUAAUAUUACGGGUAGAUGAAGAAGGAGUCUCACAUGUUUUACUAUUAUUUUAUGACUUCCAAGUAUCUGUAGUGAUUCACUGAUGUACUGACAAAAGAAACUUCCAAUAGAAAUCAGUGUCUCAUUCUGAUUUGAAUUUUUCAUUACUACGGCAAUGAUAUCUAAUAAUAUAUUAUUAAUGUUCUCAUUUUAUUUCGAGAUUAAUUUGGUUUGUAUAUAAAAACAUUUUCAUGCUCUGUCAUUCAGUUUGUCAUGUAGUUAUUUUGAAAAUAAUCUACUACUACUCUUGCUUAAAUUCAUUCCAGUGGCUUAUAAGGAUCAUUUUCGAAAUAAUUGUGAGUAACAAAUCAUAAUAAAAGUUUUAUAUAUAAAAUUUCAUCAGUACAUGUAAAGACAAAACCGUUGAUAAUAACAGAAUAAUCGAAGGAAAGGUUGGUAGAAAACCUGAGGAGGGAACAUUAUUUGUAUUUGUUGGUUUUCAUCCUGGAAAAAAUAUAGUAAUAACCAUUUCAAAAUUAGCUAAACUAUCGAUGAUUCAAAUUUAUCUUACCUUAUAACAUAUCUUCAUUUUCUAAUUUUAUAGAAAAUAUUUUGACCAAAGUUUGUGUUGAAAACUGAAAUGUGUUUCUGUCAGAAAAUUGAAUUAUAGUAGUAUAUUAAAGUUCAAUCAUGUAUAAAGGUAUUUUGAUAUUUGAGUACAAAUUAAUUUUCAUUGGUAUACAUUUCUCUAAAACAUUACUUUAGUUUAUUAUAAAUAGUUGAAAAAAUUUAAACUGUAUAGGGCGAUAAAAGUUUUGUUUAAGAAAAGUGAUGCAUUUAUAUUAGAUAUUUAUUUUUAGAGUUAUACAGACUGGUUAUAUUUUUAGUAGCAUGUAUUGUUGUGUUUUAAUAAUUUAAAUUAUUUUGCAGAUGGAGCUUACAAUUUUAAAUCGUAUAACUUUAAUUUAUUUCCAAAAAUAUGUAAAAAAUAUUAUUUAAUAUAAUUAUGUUUGAAAAAUAAAGAAUAUUUCUAUUUUU